AUGGAAAAUAAAAAAAAAUAUAACACAUACUCGCAAUAUAAACGUCAAGUUCCGGAGAAUAAGAAAAGACAAAAACAAUGGCAAGAACGUGAUAGAAUAGUUAGCUACAAACAUCGUAUCAUAGAGACUAAAAUAGAACAAGAACAACGAAAAGAGCGUGACAAGUUAGCUCAUCAUAAACGAAGAAAUCAAACUAAUGAUAAUUAUAAUAUUGAACUAUUUUACCUUGGACCUCAUGUAAUCUGUAAUUAUUGUGAAGUGAAAAAAUUUGUAGGAGAAUCUAAUAGUUUAUGUUGUAAUAAUGAAAAAAUUGUAUUAAGUGAUGAAGAAACCCCUCCUGCUCUGCUAGAUUUAUUUAUUAAAACGGAUAAGAUUAGACAUAGAUUUCGAAAUAAUAUAUGA